AUUACCGGAAGGUUUCCCUUAUACCGUACAGAGAAACGUGACAUCCACGUCUGCGGUCAUGAAAUCCUCGGGUGAUUACGGUGCGCUUUCCGCGCUGGUCUUAAUCCUGGCGCUGUGCACAGCAGUGCGCUGCCAGAAUGUGAAUCGGAAUGCCUGUUCCAUCCCACUAAAUCCUCGUACGCAGCCGGUGGAUCCCUAUCAGAUGUCCGGUGUAUGGUAUGAAUAUCUCGUAUACACACCCGGCACCAUCGGCGACAACGUCUACAACGUCUUGAUCCCGCUGAACACCCAGAACCCCGGUUAUGUAACGUACAACCGAACCAUCUCCUUUCUUUUACGAACCCCAGCACCGGUGUGUGUCGGGAUCUGUCUGGUGUCCAACAUCGGCACGGACGGUCGGGAAGCCACCACGGGAUGGUUCCCCAAUCCGACUCCGGGAGGCGCACCCAUCAAAAGUAAUGUUGUCUACAACACCAUCUUUACCGAUUACCACUCCGUGCAAAUCAAAUAUUUGUGCAACCAACAACCACCCCCGACCAACGGCAUCUGCGAUUCUCCGUACUUCUGGGCGUACACCCGCAUCAAACCGACAUUAUUGGAUGCAGCGACGAAAAAGUACGUUAACGCCACCGUCGACAAUGUCCUCUCGGGUUUGUGUAUGUCCACACGCAACAUGACCCUUACCGGGUUCGAUGAUAAUCUGCCGGGGUGUACACCGGCAUGGCCAACGGACUGCACCGCGUUGAUGCAGUCGGUGCGCCCAGCCAACUCAUCGAAUAACGGCCCGACCAGUCCGUUUAAUAAUGGGAUGCCCGGCGGAAACCAUCCGUCUCCAUUCAAUAACGGCUGGAAUCCACCGGGUCCGUGGAUGUCGCCCAUGGCCGGUAUGAUGCCAUUUGGCCAUGGAUAAGAUUAUGCAUAUAAAACUGAAUACUUCGCCGAGUUAACGUCCAAGUUCUGAAAUGUCUACCCUAGAAAUCACCUGGUCCUGCAUGUUCUCCAUUCAGGCAUUGGGAAUAAUUUAGGCAUCUUUUGUACCUUCAUGCAUGUGUGAUAGUGUGUUGGUGUUACCCAAACAGAAUUUUCUAAGGAAUAAUAAGAAAACUUGUGUUGCAGUUGCUAGAUAAUUGAGUUCGCACAAAAUAAA